AUGGCGAACCAAGGAUUUAGCUCUAAAGGAUUAGUAGGAGUGACAUUCAACAAUAGAUGGAUCGCCAGGAAACAUUUAGGUGGUGGUAGCUUUGGCGAUGUAUAUGAAGCUGAAGAUAUCGAAACUCAAUCUGUUGUUGCACUCAAAUUUGAAACAGGAAAUGCAGUCCAGUCGCAAUUACCAAACGAAUACAAGUGCUAUUCUGCGCUACAAGGAUCUCCAAACAUCCCUAAAGUAUACGGACUUUUUGAUUACAAGAAAUCUACAUUCUUGGUCAUGGAAAGAAUGGGAGCUUCCUUAGAGUCAUGCUUUAAGAGAAAUGGAAAGCGAUUUUCUCUAAAAACUAUUUUAAUGAUUGGUGACCAACUGUUUCGUUGCAUUGAAUACAUUCAUAAAUCAGGUAUUUUGCAUAGAGAUAUCAAACCCCACAAUUUCUUAAUUGGACUUGGCGAAAAUAGACGACAAAUUUAUGCUAUCGAUUUUGGUGUCUCCACUCGCUAUAUUGAUCCAAAAACCAAGGAGCAUCAGAUUUACUCUCCAAACAAUGGUCUUAUUGGCACUGCUCACUACGUAUCUGUUAACACACAUCUUGGUGAAAGCCAAUCUAGACGUGAUGACCUUGAAAGUAUAGCGUAUGUUCUUAUCAGAUUCCUUAGAGGUAGCUUGCCAUGGCAAAAAAUUAAAAUCAAGGAUCCUGACGAGAGACAGGAAAAGAUAUCACAAAUGAAACUACAGACUACACCAGAGCAACUAUGCUUCGGUAUCCCAUCAGAAUUUAGACAAAUAUAUGAAUACAUUCGUCGCCUUAGAUACGAUGAAACUCCAAAUUAUUCUUGGAUUAGACAGACUCUUCAAGGCUUGUUUAAUAAACAAGGCUUUGUCAACGAUGGAAUAUACGAUUGGGAUUUCCAAGCUUCAAUUCAUCGUCCUCUUCCUUCAAUUUACCUUAUGAGAGCGGCCACUGCAUAUAUCCGCUUAAAUGAAAGGAAGAUCAAGCCAAGAGAUGAGUAUGUCAAGUAUCCUAAGGGAAGAAGGAUUUUCUACAAUGAAAAAUGA